CCGGGUUCACAAUUUCUACACACGAUAUCGGGAAGCAGAGAACAGAUCAAAGAAUCCCUCUCCGAUUCGGGAGAAGAGAGGAGAGGCGAAGAUCGUGUUGAUAGUCUCACCUUGCUGUGACGAAAAAAAUAAGAGGAUCGAUGGUGGGAAAGGAUAUCAAAGCAGAGACGAUGGUUUUGAUGGAGAAGAGGGCCGCAUUGGAGGCCGAAAUGAACUCCAUCAUCGACCGUCUCUGGCAACCGGGAGGCCCUGGCCUCACUGGAAACCUUGUUGACGCCGAGGGAUUUCCUCGGGCGGAUAUUGAUAUUCCAGUUGUGAGAGCAGAACGUCGUCGUCUUUCUGAGCUGCGGAAUGAUCAUAAAGAGAUAACAGAUAAGAUAGAAGCAAACAUACAAGUUCUGCAUUCUGCCAGGCUUUCUACAACAUCCAGAGAUCCAGGUAAUGAUGGAGGAUUGAAUAGUCAAAACAUGGCAGCUGGCAAUGGCUCUCUAUAUGUGACCUUACAUAACUUUUUAAGCGAAUCUUCCAGUUCCAUGGACGUGGAUGUGAUUGACCGCAUGCCCUUUGCAAUGGUUGAUGAAAUAACUAAUACAUCCCCUGCAGCAGAAGAUGGUUUACAACUCGGAGAUCAGAUUGUGAAAUUUGGCAGUGUAGAAGCUGGUGAGAAUUUGCAGGAAAGGCUUGCUGUUGAAGCCUAUUCAAAUCAAGGCAGGGGAGUCUCUGUUGUUGUCAUGAGGCAAGGUUCACUGAUCAAUUUAACAGUGACACCAAGGAUUUGGGAAGGCAGAGGUCUACUAGGGUAUGUCUAUCAUUUUCAACUAAUUUUCUUCUUGUCCAAUGGAGACAACUGUGCGUAUCAGUUUUCGUUAAGAUCUAUUGUCUUCCAACUACCAAUCUUUGUUCCUUCUCUCUAAGCAUUUGUUUCAAAC